AGAGGGGCUGCAGGGGGGUCAGAGGGGGUUUGGGAUGGGGAGAGGCCUCAGUGACCCCCAAACCCCCCCGGGAGCCCAAAUGGAGGUGCCCAAAUCCCACAGGAACGGCCCCAAAUCCCCUGAGAGGGGCAGGGGACCCCAAACCCUGCCCUGGACCUCCCGAGCUGGGGCUCCCCAAACCAUGGAAAUCCCACAUUUAUCCCAUUGCACCCCAAACCCCCCAGAAUUCCCACGUUUAUCCCAUUGCACCCCAAACCUCAGAAUUCCCAGAUUUAUCCCAAACCACACCAGAAUUUCUGGAUUUAUCCCAUUGCACCCCAAACCUCCCAGAAUUCCCACAUUUAUCCCAUUGCACCCCAAACCUCCCAGAAUUCCCACAUUUAUCCCAUUGCACCCCAAACUCCCCAGAAUUCCCACAUUUAUCCCAUUGCACCCCAAACCUCAGAAUUCCAGAUUUAUCCCAUUGCACCCCAAACCCUCAGAAUUCCUAGAUUUAUCCCAAACCACACCAGAAUUUCUGGAUUUAUCCCAUUUCAACCCAAACCAUGGAAUCCUGGAUUUAUCCUAUUGCACCCCAGAAUUCCCAGAUUUAUCCCAUUGCACCCCAAACCCCCCAGAAUUCCCAGAUUUCACUCCAGAAUUCCCAGAUUUCACCCCAGAAUUCACAGAUUUCACCCCAGAAUCCCCAGAUUUAUUCAGUUUCCCCCCAGAAUUCCCAGAUUUCUCCCAUUGCACCCCAGAAUUCUCAGAUUUCACUCCAGAAUUCCCAGAUUUCUCCCAUUUCACCCCAGAAUUCCCAGAUUUCACCCCAGAAUUCCCAGAUUUCACUCCAGAAUUCCCAGAUUUCUCCCAUUUCACCCCAGAAUUCCCAGAUUUCUCCCAUUGCACCCCAGAAUUCCCAGAUUUCACUCCAGAAUUCCCAGAUUUCCCCCAUUGCACCCCAGAAUUCCCAGAUUUCACUCCAGAAUUCCCAGAUUUCUCCCAUUUCACCCCAGAAUCCCCAGAUUUCCCCCAUUUCACCCCAGAAUUCUCAGAUUUCACUCCAGAAUUCCUGGAUUUCUCCCAUUUCACCCUAGUAUUCCCAGAUUUCACCCCAGAAUUCCCAGAUUUCUCCCAUUUCACCCCAGAAUCCCCAGAUUUCCCCCAUUUCACCCCAGAAUUCCCGGAUUUCACUCCAGAAUUCCCAGAUUUAUCCAGUUUCACCCCAGAAUCCCCAGGUUUCACCCCAGAAUUCCCAGAUUUCUCCCAUUUCACCCCAGAAUUCCCAGAUUUCUCCCAUUUCACCCCAGAAUUUCCACAUUUCCCCCAUUUUCCCAAACCCCUGGGCUCAGGGGCGGUUUUCCCCUUUUCCCCUGGUUGGAUUUGAUCCAGUCUGGCUUCCAUGGAUCUGCCCCUGCUGGUGCUACUGCCCCCCAAAACCCCUGGGGACCCCCCAAACCUCCCCCCAGGGUGCCCAAAGCAGCUUCAGAACUUUUCAUCUCAUUUUGAUCUCUUUCUUUAUUUUUUAUUCCCCCUUUUUCUACUUCUUUUUUUUACUCCUUUAAUUUUUAAUUCUGUUUUCCUUCCUUUUUAAAUUUUAAUUUUUUUAAAAUUUUGUUUUUAUUUCCUUUCUCUGUUUUUAUUACCUUUUUAUUUCUGUAUUAAAUUUUUACUUGCACUUCUUUCUUUUUUUAAUUCAAUUUAUUUCCUUUUUGAUUUCCCUUUUAACUUCCUUUAUUUUUUUUCCUUUCCUUUCUUCUAUUCCAUUUUAAUUUCAUUUUUUUGGUUUUUUAAUUUCCAUUUUAACUCCACAUUUAAUGCCACCAAGUGAAUCCAAAGCUUCUCCCCACUAUUAUUCAUUUUUUCCUGCUUUUCUGCAGUUUCCCGGGACGAUGCUGUAUUUAAAGAGAAUAUUUAAGUGGAAAAAUAAAAAGUGGUUAAACUUG